GAAAGAAAAGGAAGAGCGUGAGAAGGAGGAAGAGAUGAACACAAAAGUUCCAGACCAGCCUGAAGUGGAUGCAAGACAAAAAGAAGCUGAUGCAACAAAGCCUGCUGAGGUUGAGAAGCUGAAGGACAAAGGCGACGUGACGAAGGAAAUACCCGAGGCUCAUGCUGCCAUUGAGUCUGUGGUGACAGUUGAAGAUGAUUUCAUUACUGUGGUCCAAACCAUUGAUGAAGCCGAAGAGCCGGGCCACAGCGUUCGUUUCUCUGCCCCACCUGAGGCCGAAGCAGUUUGCAUUGCUGCCCAGAAAGAAGAAGAAGAGGAAGAAGAGUCUGUGGAGCUGGCUCAGGAAGCGGACAUAGAGGCUGCCAGUUUAGAGGAAAUGGGAGAUGUUCCUGAAAUUCCUGGCUCACCCGAGAGGGAGGCUCAGACCAUAGAAACAGAAGGACCAACAGAAAGCUAUGAUAGAGAUGAAACCACAAUGGAUGACUCCAUUCUGGACAGCUCCUGGGUUGACACUCAAGAUGACGAUAAGAGUAUGGUAACGGAGCACACUGAGCCUUUGCCCAAGAUGUCUAGUCCGGUCAAAAAACCUGCUGUGGUCCAGAACAAACUGGCACAACAGUGGAAGACAGAGAAACAGGAAAAGCCUGUUAAAGCCAAGACUAAGGGGGGGCGGCCUAAGGGACGAAUCUCGACUCCAGAACGCAAACCUACCCGCAAAGAACCUGCCUACAUCCCCAAAGAGGAACUCAAGAAGAAAAAAGCAGUGAUAAAGAAGGCUGACCUGGCCAAAAAAAUGGAGACUCGGACUCAAUCCCCAUCCAAGAGGACUGCGGGGAAAGCAGCAGUUCGCCAGACCCGUCCUAUCCAGCACCACUCCUGCCCCAGGAGAAUAACCACAGAGGUCCUACCUGACAGUCGUCAGCCUCUCAGCGUUGCCAGACAGUCUCGUGACAGAGCAUCGUGCCAUGCCCAUCAUUUACCGUUUACAAAGAUCCCCACCUUCAUAUCCAGAGCGGCUGCCUCGCUAGAUAGACCUCGUCCAUCCUCAGCAGAGCCUCAGGGCUCCACAGAAUUACAGAAACAAAUAGCUAAGGAUGGUGGGUCACGGAGCCCAGAGAAGAGGUCUUCAGUGCCACGCCACACCUCAUUUAUGAGUCGCCGUGGGCCCCAUGACCAUGAAGAGAGCUCUACCUCUAUCACUAGCUCUGGCUCUACGGCUCCUCGCAGGCCCACAUCAUUUCGCACUGAGAUGAGGGCAGAACACAGGACAGGGCGAGCUCCUAGCAUGACAGUUACAGAAUCAGUGCGCUCACGUUCAGCUCGCAGUGGCCACUCCACCCCACGCACCCCUGGCUCAACAGCCAUCACCCCAGGAACUCCUCCCAGUUACUCAUCAUCUUCGAGGACCCCCGGGACCCCACGCUCCCUCAGUUUGAUUUGUCAGGAGAGGAAGGUGGCUGUGGUCCGUACCCCACCCAAGUCACCUGCAACAACACCCAAGCAGCUCCGUAUUAUCAACCAGCCACUCCCUGACUUCAAGAAUAUCAAGUCUAAGAUUGGCUCCACAGAGAAUAUCAAGUAUCAGCCUAAAGGAGGACAGAAACAGAAGGACCCAGAUGGGCCAACAGAGGCCAAACGCAGGGCCUCUUUGAUCUGGAAGUCAGUGCUGCGCCUCAUCUCUGUUACUCUGUGUCUGUCUGCGGUACACAGCGUGACCUGGACGCAGGACCUGCUGAUUCAUAUUUUAAACAAGAGGCAGGACUUCACCCCAUCACUGUCAAAGUGCAGCGCCAAGGAUAAUCUGAAGCACUCUCCUCGUGGAGCCAAUGUACAAAUACAGAACAAGAAGAUUGACUUGAGCCAUGUGACCUCCAAGUGUGGCUCUCUAGACAACAUCCAUCAUCGGCCAGGAGGUGGUAAUGUGCGUAUCGAGAGUGUGAAGUUGGACUUCAAAGACAAAGCCCAAGCAAAGGUGGGUUCCCUGGAAAAUGCUCACCACAUUCCUGGUGGAGGCCACGUCACGAUUGAAAGCCACAGGUUGACAUUUCGGGACAAUGCCAAGGCCCGAGUAGAUCAUGGAGCCGAGAUCAUCAUCCAGUCACCAGGUCUCUCUGGCUCAGUGUCUCCCCACCGCAUCCGCGAAAGCCAUCUAUCAUCCUCCGGGAGUCUCAACAUGAUGGAUUCCCCACAGUUAGCAACCUUGGCGGAGGAUGUCACUGCAGCUCUGGCCAAGCAGGGUUUGUGAACACUGGAUCUCUGGAUCGCUGCUCUGCACCCAAGACGUCCUCAUCCUGAUCCAUUCAAACUUUUCCGCCCUCUCCUGCCACCCUAAAGCUGACUGAUCACCGCUACUACUCAGCUAAACCGGUUCUAAGUAGAGACUCAAAGUAGGAGCUACUGUACUUUGGUCCUAUUUAUUCUGUUUUCUGUCUAUUUUAAACCCAAACGUCCUAUUUCUGAUUGAUUUUGAUCUCCCUCGUUUUGAAUGAUGUUGCAAAGAAAAGUUUGCUGUAACCUCUAAAUAGUGGGGACAAAAGAUUGGCUUUACUGGUCUUGGAUCAGUGUUGAAGAAGCAACAGCCUUUUUUCUACUUUGAAUAAGAAAUAACGCCACGACCACCACACCGCACGUAUUGCUCUUGUUCAGUAAACGUCCAUGGACACCCUAUCAAAACACGCAUCCUUACUGCAAGUCAUUCUUGUCAUCCAAUAUAUAAUAUAUUUAUCAAAUAUAUAUAGAAACAUGUAUAAAAUAAAGGUUCUUUGCCAUCUACAUGUCCUGAAAACAUUUUAAAAGGAAGUGACAAAAAUGGCUUGAAAAUCUGUAAAAUUGCAUUUAUGCAAGCAACUAGGUCAUGUUACCACGAGCAUGUAUGGAUUCAAGUCUUAAAAGAGGCUAUUUUGUAAUUUAAAAUAAGGAUUUUAGUAAGUUAUUUCCUCAUUUAUUGGAUAAAAAUUAAACGAGUUCAUGUUUUGUAGUUAAUAGUUGUUUACAGUGUAAUGCUUGGUGACAAUGUCAGACAGCUGAUUUGGUGUUGCUAAAGAAUGCAUCUCAGUCAUGUCAAAGUGCAUCACACACUUGCACCUGCUCAGCGGUUCAACGGAGAAGCCUGUCCAUACAUCACAGCAGUAUUAAACACUGGCACUCAAUCGACAAACAUCCUCAAAAGGAAAGUCUGUUCAGACGCAGCUCACAAGAAUAAACAGCACUGACAUUUCUCCAGUAUUACAGGCUGACAUUGCCCUCAUCGGGACUGCCGGAACCACAGAGGAGAUGCUACAAUUUGCGACCUGAUAUUUAGCAGAAGAUGCAGCUACUCUGAAAUCUGUCUGUGCGUGUGCUUUUUGGUGCAGGUCCCCUGCUGUUUUACAGCGGACGCUACCGUAUCUGGAUGUUUUGUUGCAAUAUGCGGGAGAAUAAAUUGGACAAAAAUAUUUUGAAAAAUCCUAAAAGUUAAAAAGACUCAGUCAACUCCUGUUAUGUCUGUUAGGGAAAAAAAAGUGUUUGGGUGAUCUAGUUUCUUUUUCAGACACCAUUUGUGGUAUGCCCUGCCCUCCUGCCCACUACUUACUGCCCUCACCUGCAACUGUUUGUUUGCUUCCGUGUUUUUUCUGCAUUCCCCAUCUCUGUGUGCCCCUUCCCCACCUCCUACUCCAACCUACAGCAACUGUAAAUGUAUUUAAAAGGUCAAGUAGAUGUACGCAGUUUUUCUCUUGUUGAUAUGACACCAGUUACAAUAAUUAAUGACAAUAAAACGACCAAAAAAUGGGAAAAAAAAGUGACGUACUUGUUUUGUUUUCCGCUAACCAGAAAAAGCACCGCGUAUAUAACUUCAAAAUGUCAAACCACUUCCUUUUGAAAACAUCUGGCU